AUGAGUACUUCAGCUACAUCAAUCUUCCUUCCGACUGCUACCAUCCAGGUUCCUGGGACUAAUCAGAGCGGGACUGAGGGAAAGACAGAAGCAUCCUAUGCUGUCCUCAAGUUCAUGGAGAGCUUCUGCCUCAUCAGCGCUGCCUUUGGGAUGGUGGGAAAUGGCAUGGUCCUGUGGUACCUUGGCUUCCGCAUUCGGAGAAACCACUUCACUGUCUACAUCCUGAACCUGGCCGCUGCCGACUUUGGGUAUCUCCUCUGCAUCGCCAUUGAGACAGUUCAGUACCUGAUGCAGUUCAAUGUAGGGGUGCAGUUUGGGAUAUUCCUCUUCCUGGAUCUUUUCAUGUAUGGCACCGGCUUGUAUCUUCUGACCACCAUCAGCAUUGAGAGGUGCCUCUCUGUCCUUUGUCCAAUCUGGUGCCGAAGCCACCGCCCAAAGCACUUGUCCGCCAUCAUCUCUGGCCUGCUCUGGGGUCUCUCCCUGCUGCUGAACACGCUUGGGUACAUUCUGUGCACCAUUCGCCCCUCUGCCAGGAGCUGCCACCUCCUGCUCAUCACCAUCGGAGCCUUGGACUUCCUCUUCUGCACACCCCUCAUGCUGCUCUUCAGCCUGACACUCUUCCUUAGAGUCAAGUGCAGCUCCCAGCACCUCCGAACAGGCAGACUCUUCACCGUCAUCAUGCUCACUGUCCUCUUCUUCCUCAUUUUUGCUGUGCCUCUGAGUGUCCUGAUCCUUUUUGACUUCUUGGGCUACAAAUUUCUCUACUCCCCGGAGAUCGGCUUUGUGCUGUCCUGUGUGAACAGCACUCUCAACCCCGUCAUUUACUUCCUUGUGGGGAGCUACCGGGAUCGCAGAAUCAAGUUCACCCUCAGGCUGGCAUUCCAGAGGGCCUUUGAAGAUUCAGCAGAUGACAAAGAUGAACGGGAAACCCGUGACACAGUAACUAUGUCCUCCUAAUACCCUGCUGUGCCUAGCACAGUGACACUGGUCUGGAGCUGAGCGCAAAUAGUUUACAGACCUGAAGAAGUCUGAGGUAUUGGGGAAGGUUUAU